CCCUCGAAAGUGUUUGUAUCCCUUGUUCAACAGUCCACACAAUUCAAUACAAUUGACGAUCGAUUUACACAAAGAACCAUUCUUCUCUAAAUUUCCACCGUCCCACAUCUCCUCAUCUUUGGAUUUCCUUCUGCCUCCUGCCACUCAGAACCGCACCAAACUUCAUCCUCAUGCCUCUUAUGAUGCCUUGAACACGUCUCCACCUCGAUCACGGACUUGAAAGAUGGAUUCUCAUAUGGACCCGGGUUCGCUGAUUGCUCGUGUCGGCGGACGAUGGGCUGGUCAUGACCUCCAACGCCAGUUUCAAGGAGAGGUUGCAGAACUACUGGGUCGCAGAAACAGGAACUUUCCUGGCGCCCAACCAGUGUCGUUCGCGGCCAAACACAUCACAGAACUGAAAAGAGAGGACUACUACGUGUGUGAAAAGACGGAUGGCAUGCGCUACCUGAUGUAUCUUACUCGAGACGGCGAACGAGACAUCCACUACCUGAUCGACCGGAAGAACGAUUACUACUAUGUCCCCGGCCUACACUUUCCUCACCACGAAGACCCGACAUUCAAACGUUUCCAUACAGACACCAUCCUCGAUGGCGAGUUGGUCGAAGACCAGUACCCCGACAAACCGCCGGUGGUGAAGUUCCUGAUCUUCGACUGCCUCGUCCUUGAUGGAAACAGCCUGAUGCAGAGACCUCUGGACAAGCGCCUCGCCUACUGCAAGUCAUACGUGCUCAAGCCCUACCACGCCAUGCUGAAACAGGAUCCGUCAAUCCACCAAGCCUUCGUCAUCGAAGACAAGGCCACCGAGUUCAGCUAUGCCUUGGAAAAAAUGUUCAAGGACAUCAUCCCCCGGGUCAAGAAGUUACAUGGCAACGACGGCCUGAUCUUCACAUGUAAAAACACACCGUACAAGUUCGGGACGGACGAGCACAUUCUCAAGUGGAAGCCGCCGGAGGAAAACACGGUCGACUUUCUAAUGCACAUCGAAUGGGCCACGUAUGAACCUGACAACGAGGACCCCGACCGAUCUCCACAAAUGGAUUACGAUGCCCUCCCAGUUCGGUUCGGUCUAUACAUCUACCACGGCAACGGUGCAGACUAUGCGCACGUCGGCGACCUGCACGUGAUGCCCUCCGAGUGGGAAGAUUGGAAGGCACGAAGGAAGCCUUUGCAAGAUAUUAUCGUCGAGUGCUAUCAAGAAGAUCUCACCAAAGAUAUGGCGAGCACCGACUCAUCCGAUGGUAUGAACGGUGAGAACGUCAAUGCACAUGCAAAUGAAGCUACAAAUGGCUCGGGCCAGACAAGGCGUUGGCGCUUUCACCGAUUUCGCGACGACAAGACUGACGCCAACCACGUCACCACUUAUCAAAGCGUCAUUGAGUCUAUCGAGGAUCACAUCACGGAAGAUGAUCUGCUUUCGAGCGCCAAUGAUAUUCGCACGGCUUGGAAAUCGCGCAAUGCGGACCAAGAAAAGAAACAAGCUCCUAGGCCAGGAGGGAAGUGAAUGAGUAUCGAUGACGGAAAAUGGAAGGGAUCGAGAGUGCGAGCAUUGUCUUUGGCAAAUCAGAUUUUGGGCGAUUUAGGUAUUCACUAGUGCAGCAUGGCCAAGGUAACCAGACGACGGCAUUCCGGGCGUGAAAGAAAGGUGGAAGUUAUGAUUUGUUUUAUGGGCAAAGCGUCGGCGGUAUAGGAUUAUUGGAACGGAGUAUCGUGGCAUUCAGGGGGAUGGAUUUUGCAGUGAAAACGGCAAUGGCAAUGGCAAUGGCACUGGAGUGGAGUGUUUUUUUGGCUCAGAAUUCUACAAUACAAGCAAGGGAAAUGGAAGUAGGCAAACAG